CCCAGUCUGCAAAAAAUUAAUAAUUACAUUUAGUGCUAUUUUCAGAAUGUUUCGUUCCACAAAGGGUCAUCGGCCACAAAACCCUAGGGAAAAUGCAAAUUUGUUUGCGAAAAUUGUGUACUCGUUUACAUUUCCAAUUUUUCGGCAGGGACUGAAAAGGGCGCUCCAAGUAAGUGAUGUUUACGGAGUUACGACAGAUUGCCAAAGUGGCUUGUUGGCUAGCGCCUUAGAUGCAAAGUGGGACGAAGAGAAACGUAAACGUAAUCCCAAAUUAGUGUUCUGUUUUUUCAAAAUGUUCGGUGUGACCUAUGCUUGUUUGGGAAUCGGACUGUUAUUGAUUAACACAGUUACUAUGGCAACUUUCCCACUUCUAAUAGGAAAAAUUGUAAAGUCAUUUCAAAUGAAUUCUUCUGAGGGCAACAUGCAUGUGUUGUGUUACUCCUUAGCCUUAGGUUCCUUUAUUUUGUUAAAAACGGUGGGUUUUCACUCGUAUAUGUUUGGGAUUGAGCGACUUUUUAUCAGAACACAAAUCGCAUUCAAUGGGCUGAUAUACAGAAAAUGUCUGGCUUUAGGGACGAGUUCUUCGUCGGAGGUCGCCUCUGGAAAAGUUAUUACUCUAUUGACCAAAGAUGUUAACGGCCUGUACUUUAGCAUUCACUUCUUCCAUCACCUGUGGAACGGAGUAAUACAAAUUGUUGUAUUAUCGUGGAUGAUGUACGCCCAAAUUGGAAUUCCGGCACUAAUCGCAAUGUUGUUCUUUUUGCUCUUCGUCCCGGUUCAAGGUUAAUACCACCAUAUUCUCUCUUCCAAUUUUGAGCGAUACAGAUUGGUAAAAACUCGUUUUAGUGUAUUUGGGAAAAUGGACGGCGCGAUUUCGACUGAAAACUGCUGCGAAAACCGAUGAGAGAGUGAAGAUCACCCAGGAAAUGUUAACCGCA